AUGUCCAAGGUAUUCACUGCUGAAGAAGUGGCCAAGCACAACAGCCCCGAGAGCUGCUGGGUGGUGCUCUACGGCAAAGUGUACGACGUGACCGAAUUCCUCCCUUCUCACCCCGGCGGUUCCAAGAUCAUUGUGAAGCUUUCCGGCAAAGAUGCGACGGAGGAGUACGACCCGAUCCACCCACCGGGUAUCCUUGAGGAGAACCUCAAGCCCGAGAACUGCCUUGGCACCGUAGACCCCGAGUCACUGGCACUGCUACAACCCGCUGCCGCGAAGGCUACGUCCCAGAAGCCCAAGGAGGGUCCCCCAAGACUGGAGACGCUGCUCAACAUUGAAGAGAUCGAGGAAGCUGCUACAAAACUCAUCCCCAAGAAGGCAUGGGCGUACUACUUCUCUGCCGCUGAUGACUUGUGGAGCAAGAGCAACAACAACAAGGCAUACAGGCAGAUCCUUCUACGGCCGCGGGUCUUCGUUGACUGCACGCAAGUUGAUACCUCUACAAACCUGCUGGGUCACCAUGUGGGAACCCCCCUGUUCGUGGCACCGGCCGCCAUGGCGAGACUCGCUCACCCAGAUGGCGAGCGAGGUAUUGCAAGAGCGGCGGCCAAGUUCAACGCGAUGCAAUGCGUAUCGAACAACGCGUCCAUGACACCCGAGCAAAUCAUCGAGGGGUCACCCGAAGGCCAGGUUUUCGGCUGGCAGCUCUACGUUCAGAAUGACCGGGCCAAGAGCGAGGCUAUGCUGAAGCGAAUUAACGCCAUGAAGGACCGCUACAAGUAUAUUACCUUGACUCUGGAUGCCCCAUGGCCCGGGAAGCGUGAGCUCGACGAGAAGCAGCAGUUUGAGGGCGCAUUCGAGGUCGAGUCCGAGUCCAACUCCAAGGAGGACGAGGCGAAGCGGCCGGGCGGCGGCGGUGUUGGCCAGCAGCUGUUCUUUGGCACGGCGGCUGACCUGACAUGGAAGACGACCCUUCCUUGGCUGGCACAGCACACCGACUUGCCCAUCGUCUUGAAGGGGCUGCAGACGCACGAAGAUGCCUACCUAGCGGCGAAGUACGCCCCGCAGGUAAAGGCCAUCAUUCUGUCGAACCACGGCGGUCGCGCCCUUGAUACGGCCCCUCCUGCAGUCCACACGCUGCUCGAGAUCCGCAAGUACUGUCCCGAAGUAUUUGACAAGAUCGAGGUCUGGGUCGACGGCGGCAUCAAGCGCGGAACCGACAUUGUCAAGGCUCUGUGCCUGGGUGCAAAGGCUGUCGGCGUCGGUCGUGCUGCGCUGUUCGGUCUCGGUGCCGGCGGCCAGGCCGGUGUUGAGAGGACGUAUGAGAUUCUCCAGGCAGAGAUGGAGACAUGCAUGAGACUGCUCGGCGCCAAGAGCGUCAGCGAUCUGGGCCCCCAUUUUAUCAACACCCGCGCGGUGGAAAGAGACAUCUACGACGGCGAGUCUGGGAUCGAGAACAAGGUCAGCCUUUGGGUGAAGUCGAAGCUGUGA